AUGGGAACUCUGAGAACUGCCCAGCUUCUUCUUCUUUCCGGCAUCGGUAACUUUACCAAAUUGAAUGCACUUGGCAUUCCAGUUAUCCAAGAUUUACCUGGGGUUGGUGAGAAUCUCCAGGAUCAUGUACUCACUACUGUAACCUGGAGUGUCAACAACAAUCCAUUUCCGGUUCCGCUCGGAUCAGUUGUCGAUGAAGCUGCUUGGGAUCUGUACAACCAUAAUCGCACUGGCAUUUUAGCUUCCGUUAAAGCUCGUACAAACAUGUUCCUUCGUACCAAAUUUCAGUCGGCUGCAGAUCCUCGCCCUGACGUUCAAGUGAUUGCGACGACGCCUAGUGGCAACAGCUUGUUUGCUUUGGUCUAUUUACUUCAUCCCCAUUCAGUGGGUCAUAUCACUAUUGUUUCGCGUGAUCCUAACGAUCGCCCCAUUCCUCAAAUGAACUAUUUCUCCGAUCCUGAUUCACAUGACGUAAACGUUAUCAUGGAAGGCAUACGCCUUGUCGAUCAAAUCUACAGCACUACUCCUAUGCACAACACAGGCUUUUCCAGUUUCAACAAUUUAUCAGAUGACUCAGAGUUUAAAAGGUAUUUGUAUGGAAGUAGAUAUUCUGCUGCUAAUACGAAUUCCGGAAAACAUUUAAUUGGAACUUGCAAGAUGGGUACUGAUCCGAUGGCUGUCGUUGAUUCACGUCUUCGUGUUCGUGGUGUCCUUGGUUUGCGGGUGGCUGAUGCUUCAAUCAUGCCAUCCAUUACUUCAGGUAAUACGCAAGCUCCAGUUUACAUGAUCGGAGAAAAAGCUGCUCAAAUGAUUCUGGACGAUGCGGUUAGUGGUUCUACACAACGUUAA